AUGCUCGUUAGAACGAACUGGCCUCCGCGUUGCUUAGUGACACGACACAUCAGAGCACAGGCAGAAGUGUUUGGCUCUAAAGGGACUCUGGUUCACUGUCAAUGGCUGUGGGCUCAGUGCAAAUUCAAACGUCCAGCGACUGGUCCAGAGCCCGCCUCUGUAGACCUCGUUAAAACCCCCUCUCCACCCACAGCCCUCUCCACCCCCACGCCCUCUCCACCCACACGCCCUCUCCACCCCCAGCCCUCUCCACCCACACGCCCUCUCCACCCACACGCCCUCUCCACCCACAGACCUGUCCAUCAACAGACCCUCUCCAUCCACACGCCCUCUCCACCCCCACGCCCUCUCCACCCACACGCCCUCUCCACCCACACGCCCUCUCCACCCACACGCCCUCUCCACCCACACGCCCUCUCCACCCACAGCCCUCUCCACCCACACGCCCUCUCCACCCACAGACCUGUCCAUCAACAGACCCUCUCCACCUACAGCUCUGUCCACCCACACGCCCUCUCCACCCACACGCCCUCUCCACCCACAGACCUGUCCAUCGACAGACCCUCUCCACCUACAGCUCUGUCCACCCACACGCCCUCUCCACCCCCAGCCCUCUCCACCCACAGCUCUGUCCACCAAAAGAGCUUCUCUUUACAUUACAGCACUUUUGACCUCUGA